GCACAGGAGGCAGACAGGAAGUCCUAGAAAUGCCAAACAAAACAUCGCCUGCAUCCCCAUUGUUCACAUCCACCAGCAGGAGUCUUUGCUUCGACCCCGGAGCCUGGUUUUAUGGAUGCAAGGAUCACACGGGCGUCACUCCCAUCACACACCUAGCACAAAGACACUGCGAAUGGGCCAGAAAUGAUCAACUAAUAGCUGCAGCCUCGUUUCAGACACGGGACAAUUGGCUGAACAGGUUCUGCUGAUCUGUCUACAACUGGUCAUGUGACCGUGAAGUCUGGGACUGAACAUGUGGGACUUCCUUCUGUUCCAAGCAGAGGACAGCGACCAGACAUCCACCAGGCGCCUCUUGUUGUGUUGAUUCUGGGACGGACAAACUUUAAAGUUGUGGGACUUCUUUUUAAGGAUUUUAAUUUGCUAAUGUGAAAACUCCUCAAGAAAAGCAUGGAGUCGAGUUCAGUCAGUCACAGUGGAGCGAACACUACCGGCUUUUGUUGAAGACGGCCCCAAAACCUGAAAACAUGGACACGGAGCAGUGGAGUCCGGCUGAGGAGGACAGCGACGCGGAGGACGACCUGUGUGGAACACACCAGGAGGGCUGUGGCGCCGACCUGCACCGCCACCCCCAGCUGGACGCAGACGUGGAGGCAGUCCGCUCUUUGUAUUCGCACUCCGCCGUCUCUGUCAGAGAGUACGGCUCGGUGGAUUGCGUGGACGUCGACCUGAACAUCAAGCCCAACGUCUUGGACGCGGUGGCCACGGCCUGGAGGAUCAACCCAGCAGAGCACAUCGUGAUACGCCUGCACUUCGCUCUCUCUCAGUAUCUGGAUGGGCCUGCACCGUCGGUGGAAGUCUUCCAACCAUCCAACGCAGAUCGUUUCAGUCUCGGGCACCAGCUGCAGAAGAUCCUCACGGUUUUCAUAAGUCGCGAGUGGAAUCACCUGACGAACCAGAACAUCGAGGUGCGACACAAGAGCAGACACAGUCGCUUCAGGGCAAGUGGGACCAUCAAGCGAUUCCGUGCGAGACUCAGCAUCUGGCUCCCGCUGUCAAAGUCGGACGUGCUGCGGGAGAAGCCGGUGGGAGGACGGGUCGUCCUGCCGGCAAUGAGGCUGAACCGCUUCACGCAUCGCACCAGCUCCUGCGCCGUGGAGACUCCCAGGGGGGAGCUCUUCACCUACACGCCCAGCGGUAGGAGGGUGGUGGUGUCGGCCGUCAAGUCCUCAGCUCAGCUGAGCACCAAGCAGCUGAUAGAGCUGCUCUUCUCCUCUCAGGCCAUCAGACACUGUAAGAGCAGCCCGACUCUGCAGCACGGCUUCCUGGUGCAGGUGAUGAGGUACGCAGAGCAGAGGAUCCCCACGCUCAGUGAAUACUGCGUGGUCUGUGACGAGCGGCACGUCUUUCAGAACAGGCCUUUGCUGAAGCCUGCAGUUUGCACCAGGGAGCUCUGUGUCUUUUCCUUCUAUACACUGGGGGUCAUGUCUGGAGCAACGGAGGAGGUUGCCACCGGCGCAGAGGUGAUUGACUUGCUGGUCGCCAUGUGCAGAGCUGCUCUCCAGUCCUCACGCAAAAGCAUCAUCUUUGACCCGUACCCGUCCGUGGUGGAUCCGUACGACCCCAAAACCCUGGCGUUCAGUCCCAAGAGAAAAAGCUACGAGCGGCUGCAAAAAGCUCUGGACAGCGUGUUGCUGAUCAGGAAGGUGGCACAGGGUCCGUAUUCAGAAAUCAAGAAGCAGAUGGACAAGGUGGACCCGCUGGCUUACCCCCUGCUGCAGUGGAUCUUAGCAAGCAACCGAUCACACAUCGUCAAGCUUCCCCUGAACAGGCAGCUGAAGUUCAUGCACACGCCGCACCAGUUCCUGCUGAUCAGCAGCCCUCCGUCCAAAGAGGCUCGUUUUCAAACCGCCAGGAAGCUGUUCGGCAGCACCUUCGCCUUCCAUGGUUCCCACAUUGAAAACUGGCACUCGAUUUUGAGAAAUGGCCUCGUUAACGCCUCCUACACAAAAUUACAGCUUCAUGGAGCUGUAUAUGGGAAGGGCAUCUAUUUGAGUCCCAUCUCCAGCAUAUCCUUUGACUAUUCUGAGAUGGGUAAAGGUCAACACCAGAUGCCCACCAAGGAGGAACUCCUGAAGAAAUACAACCGAAUCAACAAAAUCAAAGCGGAAGAGCCGGGUCAGGCGCGGUUUCUGCAGAGCCGGAACCUGAACUGCAUUGCCCUCUGUGAAGUUAUAACUUCAAAAGCCCUUCAGAAACACGGGAACAUUUGGGUCUGUCCUGUGUCCGACCACGUGUGCACGCGAUUCCUCUUUGUAUAUGAAAAUGGCCAAGUGGGAGACGUCCACAUCAACACGCAGGACGCCAGGAUUCGCAAGGAAAUUUUGCAAGUAAUUGCUUCGAAGACAUGCUGAGAAAAUGAUGCACAACACACACACAGGAGGAAAAAUACGACAAAAGGUGUUGGGGGAAAAGGCACAACUUUGGUAGCACUGGUUUUCUGGGUCAGCUCAGCAGGCGAAGGACUGAGGGAGGAGAACUGUCAAGUUUCUGUAAUGGCCCAAAGGAAGAAAUCUCUCAAGGACCAUAUGGCUCUGUGAUGAUUGUGCAAAGAGGAAGUUGAUGUGAAAACUACAAUACUUCAUGUUGCCAUGGCUGUAAGUGAUGUUUCUUUCUAUCUUUACCCCAGUGGCGUUGCAGUUUAAUGCGGUAUCUACAAAAACACACACGAUACACAAAGCCAGUGAAACAAAGAUCUGUUUGAGCUGCACGCCUUGUUAAAUCUCAUUAACUUGUGUUUAUUCAUCUGUACUCUUCAUGCAACCAUGUGGACAAAUAAAAAUGCAAACCUAAUGAACUGGGUUGUGAAAGACAUUACUAAAUCAGGCAAAAUGCUGCAUGUUCCUUUAAGAGCACUAUG